UACGGGAGGGUCGGGUCAUUGCAGCUGCGAGAGCUGCGUUUCAGAUCUCGGCAAUAGCUUUCGACCCGGGCUUGAGUCCUAAGCUGCGGACUCGCCUCCCGGGUGGGCAUCUCUCAGGCCAGCCACAUGCUGCUGUGGGGCGGAGUUGGACUUUUUGUUUAUUUUUUGUUGUUGUUGACGCUUAUUAUCUUUUGGAAAAAUAGGCAUCGAUCCCCAUUCUCGGGACUUCGCAGAUGUUGCUGCAACUGGGGAAUUAGAGAAUGGUGCACCCUGGGACCUGGGUGGUGCCUUCGAAGUCCGGGGUGUUCCUCGAUUUUAACCAGGGAAUUACCGAAAUCGAGGGCUUUUUCCCCACUGGGGCAUUUGGCUUUUCAGAUUUUGUAAACCUGCUUUCCCUUGUUCCUCCCACCAACAAAUUAUAUAUAUUAUUUAUAUGUUAUAUAUAACGUAUUACAUAUGUGUAUUAUAUAUAUGAUUACACAUAAUAUGUAUCAUUAUAGGAAGAGUAGAAAUAACUGGAUUUUAAAGUCGCCCACAAUCCCGUGUCCAAAAAGACAAUAUUAAAUUUUGGUUUUACAUUUUAUUUUCUAGUAUCUCAUUUUUGCAUGUGUGUAUAUGCGGAGUUUUCUUUUAAAAAAAAAUCAAAUUAGGCCAGGUGCAGUGGCUCACGCCUGUAAUCCCACCACUUUGGGAGGCCGUGGGUGGAUCACCUGAGGUCAGAAGUUCGAGACCAGCCUGGCCAACAUGGUGAAACCCUGUCUCUACUAAAAAUACAAAAAAUUAGCCAGGUGUGGUGGCGGGCACCUGUAAUCCCAGCUCCUCGGGAGGCUGAGGCAGGAGAAUCGCUUGAACCCGGAAGGCAGAGGUUGCAGUGAGCCGAGAUCACACCACUGCAUUCUAACCUGGGUGACAGAGCGAGACUCCUCAAAAAAGAAAAGAAAAGUGUUCAAGAUGUCAAAGCGAGGACAUGGUAGGUCCUCUGGUGUGAAAUUCCGGAUUUCCCUGGGUCUUCCAGUAGGAGCCGUGAUCAACUGUGCUGACAACACAGGAGCCAAAAACCUGUAUAUCAUUUCCAUGAAGGGGAUCAAGGGACAGCUGAACAGACUUUCUGCUGCUGGUGUGGGUGACAUGGUGAUGGCCACAGUCAAGAAGGGCAAACCAGAGCUCAGAAAAAUGGUACAUCCAGCAGCGGUCAUUCGACAACCAAAGUCAUACUGGAGAAAAGAUGGUGUGUUUCUUUAUUUCGAAGAUAAUGCAGGGGUCAUAGUGAAUAAUAAAGGCAAAAUGAAAGGUUCUGCCAUUAUAGGACCAGUAGCAAAGGAGUAUGCAGACUUGUGGCCCUGGAUUGUGUCCAACGCUCGCAGCAUUGCAUGAUUCACCAGUAGAUUAAAAAAAAAGAAAAAGAAAAACUUUAAACCCUUUAAAAAGUAUUUGUGCCCCCCCCAAAAAAAUACAUCUUAAUAACAGUUGAAGGUAAAGUACUACCAAGUUUAAUAAAGAUUAAUUAAUGCUGA